UGAUUCUGAUUGGAAGAAGGGCCCCAGGGUCGAAUUAUUUUGUUUCUAUUGGAUUUAUUGGAUUUCAGUUUCGAUCUGGAAACGCCCGUGCUCAGGCGGAUGGACGGACGGGGAGAGGGCUGUUUCGAGUGGAGUGACGAUUCUGGUUCGCGCCAAGAGUGCUCUCUGGCCGCCGCCGCCCGCUUGCCUGCUAUAUCUGGAGAGACAGACACCACAGCCGUGUGCGCAAGGGGCGGCGGCGAGAUUGAUGGUGGCAUGGAGGAAGUACAAUGCAUGCACGCGCAAAUGCGUUUUGUAACAGUGGUAACUUCUAACCCCUGCAGAAGAUGGCAAAGCGUGGACCUGACACCUGAAUUACCCCGCCCAAACCUUGUCUGCACAACAACUCGUCCAACCCCCUUCGCAACCCUCUCAUCCCCAAUACCAGCAGCUCCACCACUCGGAGCGGGCAGAGCGCAGGAAGCGACGGCUCCUUGCAGAUGCUACCUAUUCACUCCAGCGCCGCAGUGCCUCGCCCCGGUGGAGGAGGCCCGCCGUAUAUCGCGGGACCGCCUAUGGCCUCCAGCGUACCCAAUGGAGCCAUGCCGACAGCUCCUUCCAAUCUGAGCCUACGACCAUUGCCCAGCCCUGCAGAUGAGGCCCAGAUUAUCCGUCAACGAUCGCAGGCGCAACUCUACCAGCAGACAUCCCCCGCAGGCGUCCAGAAUGUGUCCUUCUCGAUACCAAUGCCCAUGCCAGCGCCUGCCCCGCCCAUGUCUCAAAUCACAGACCCGCACUACCCGUUCGCAAACGGAUAUGGCUCUCAUCUACCCCUGCCAACACCGCCAGCUCCAUAUUA